UGGUCACACAGAAGAGCCCCUCUCUACCCUCCCCUCCUGCGUUACUUUGCCUUCGAUUUUUAAUGCGAGAAGAGUUCAGCACUCUCUUCCCUCUGUGUACACACGAACUAGCGCUAUCCACUAGGCCAGGAGCGGAAGCGAGAGACAAACUCACUGUGCACGAAAAGCUCGCUUACGCCGGGAUUCGAACCCCUGACCUGACCUCUAGAAGGCUCCGAGGAUACAAACUAGACCACCGGGGCGACCGGUUGCAACAGACGUUUGUUUUUCUCGGCAAGAUUCGAGGAAUUUGUGCAGCACACGGUGGACGCCUGGAUGCGCACACAAGAACGUUGGUGGAAAGCUUCGGAGGGCUCGUUAGGUUGGCGAAGAUCACCAACCCACAGAGCACCGAACGAGAAGAGUUUCAGGUCAAUGUGGCGACGGCAAGUCUUGCGACGGCUGGCGAGGGCCUUCUUCGUCAGAUACGGGAGCUAAAGCUCGCUGUCAUGCUGCAGGACGAAGCGGCCAUGGACCUUGAGGUGGACCAAGCCUUGGCCAAGAUCGCGACCGAACGAAAAGAGCUCGAGAAAGAGCUAGAGGCCUUGUCCAACGAACUUAAGGGUGCGUACGCGAAGGCAGCCAUGGCUGGAGGGGGUGACGCGGAUAGUUCAUCGGCGACGGUCACGGGGGUGGAAAAAAGACAGGGGGACGCGAUGGGGAAGGCCGCGGAAGAGGAAGGGGAAGGGGUGGCAAGAUGAGCCCCGCUUCCCUGUAAAGUUCGAGGUUUGUGCACCACCGCAAGUGGUGACUUUUUGCAAUUCUUGAUGCAGGGGAAUUGCCAACGACCUAAGGCCUGACUAAGUACACUAAAAUGAUUUCGGACGACUUGUUCCAUGGUGAGGAGAGUGCAAUAGUCCAGGCGCUUACCCGCGUGAAUCGUCGCCAUUGUCGCUAGGACCGCGACGCUCAGGAUGAAGAACAGUUAUCGUAGGAGGCAGAAUUUGUUGACCACCGGAGAAGCCUGGCCGCGUACCGCCCUGACUUGUAGCAGUUGUUCGACUUGACGGCUCCGAAUGUCGAGAGUGCAGAAGUGUCGCAACGCGCGUUGCACACACACCAUGGUGUGCUGUUGUUGUAAAUAGAAAAUUCGGUGUCUCUCGUUCCGGAUACAACCUUCGCUAACGAAAGAGACUGUUGAUGGCUGUUGAACAUGUCUUCCA